AUGCCCAUUCCACGCCAUCGUUUCCAUUCCCCACUUUCCCCACCUUUCCGCCCAUUUCUCCCGAAACCCCUUCCACCACCACCCCCCCCGGCCAACCCCCCAUCCCCCUUCCCCCCACCUUCCCCAGUGCUGCUAGAACGCCUAGACGUGGCGGCCCUAGUCCUCCACCAGGUGCUCCUAGAAGGGUUAGACGUGGCAGCGUUGGUGCUGCACCAGGGUGACUACUACCGCUACGAGGGCGCGCAGGUCACGACCAUCAACCCCACUUCCACCCAUUUCCCCCCAACCCGCCCUCCGCCCUCCCCUCUAGCCAUGCUCCUAGAAGGCCUAGACGUGGCGGCGUUGGUGCUCCACCAGUUCGACUACUACCGCUACGAGGGCGCGCAGGUGACCACCAUCAACGGCGCCCCCGCCAUGGACUACCUAUUAGAGUGGGCGGCGCGCUACGUGGGGCAGUACCGCGACUCGGGCGUGCGCUUCAAUCUGCUCUUUGCAAGAAGGGUUGUGUCCAAGGCGACGGGCACGGUGAUUGCGACUCAGGGCGCGUUCGCACAGCGGAGUCUCGCGCCGACGAAUGACAGUGUGGUGGUGGAGCUGAUACUGGCCACGAGUGCCACACCAGUGCAGGUGACGGUGCCGUGGGUGGCAGUGCUGCCGACCAAUUUCGACUCCGCCACCUCCUACUGGGCGGCAAACUGCGCCACCCCUCGCCAACCCACCGCCUCUGCCGCUGCUGCUUCUGCCCCUGCUGCUGCUUCUGCCGCUGCUGCUGCUGCUGAGGGAAGCAGGGGAAUAGGGGCAGCUGGGGUUGAUCUGGGGGCGCGCAGCAGGGAAAGGGGGACAGAUUGGGCUCUGGAUGCGGAUGGGGGGAGGGGGGAAGGUGCUGGGGACGCGGAGAAGGAGUGGGAGAGGGAGCGGUGGGGGGAGAGGGAACGGGGAGAUGGGAGAGGAGAAGAACGAGGGGAGGGGAGGGUGAGGAGACCUGGGCCUCUGCUGAGUGAGAGGCUGAAGAAGAAAGCUUGGGGCGUGGGGGCAUGGGUAGCAGAGGCCGCAGCAGAAAGCACCGAGGGAGCGGAGAGCACAUUGACAGGGAACCGAGCUGAGAGUGUAGGGAGUGCAGAGAAUGCAAAGAGCACAGGCGGGAUAGAAGGCACAGAGAAGCGAGCAGAGAGCACAGUAGGAGCAGGGGUAUGGGGCAGCAGUCGGGCAGGGAUGGGCGACAGCAGCGCGGAGAGAGCGUGUGGGUGGCCGACUCUGGCUGUGGAGUUCCCAAGGCCCGACCUCGACCCCCGCCCCUCCCUGCUCCGCCCCCCUCCCCCAUCCCCUGCCGCCCCCCUGCUGUCUACCUACGAGCAGAGAACGCCACAGCAGUCAUCUGGCGCACACCUGCCAUCUCUCCACUUGCUCUCACCAACAUCCGGCGCCGCAAACAACAUGCUCCGCGCUCCUUCUCACCCUCUUUCUCACUUACUCUCCCUCUCUUCCGCCUCCCCUACCUCCCCCCUUCCCCAGGUCUACCUGCUAGCAGACAACGCCACGGCAGUCAUCUGGCUGCACACCUUCCUGCCAGCAUUGGACGGCUCAGAUGAAGCCCUCAUCGCCUUCCUGCUCACCGAGAUCUCCACGGCCGUUGAUCUCGCCAACCAGCACGGCAAGCGAAUCAUAAUGGACGUGAGUGGCAACGGCGGGGGCUACGCCGACAUAGCAUACCUCCUGCUGCGCCUCGUGGCCGGCAAGCAAAAGGCCCCCAAGGGGCGCGUGCAGAUGCCACAGCAGCUGCUCAUAUCCAAUGCAUUCAUGCUCUCAUUACUGGACAAGCAGCUCACCUCGUUCUACCAGUGGGAUAAGUACGUGAAGGUUGACGAGGCCACGCCGGUGAAAAGCGUGCGGGAUUUCAAGCCGUUUCAGGAGGAAACGUUUUCCCCGGAUGGGGAGACCGGAGUGUACUCGGGCUUGUUCAAGCUCGCCGCGUUCCCCGGGCUUGAGAAGCAUGUUGACCUGACCAUGGAUAAAGUGGCCAACCCUGCGCUUGUGUGGACAGAGGCCUCUCAAUACUAUUAA